AUGGUGGAGGUUGUCAAGCACGCGGGCAAGCACGAAUACCUUGGCCGGCUGCUGAGCGGCGAUUUGAGGAUGCGCGGUAAGUGCAAUUUGGAGCACCGCAUGAAGUGCGCUUGGCUGAAGUACCAUCAGCUUGCAGACGCCAUGCAAAAACGCCACAUUCCGAUCGCAUUGCGCCUGCGUCUUUUCGACUCCAUGGUGACGCCGUCCGUCCUCUGCAGUCUGAACACAGCGCCACUCACCCAGAAAGACCUCGACGAGCUGGGCGCGCCACAGAGGAAAGUGUCGAGGCGUGUGGUUGGGUGGGUACGCUUGGAGGAAGAAGCACGGCAGCUUACUGGCCAUCGCAUGAAGCGCCGGCUGGAGGCCGACCGCUUCAGAGGUGGACCGAUCGAAUAUGUGCCUGUCAAGGCGGAGUUCUUCGUGAAGGCCCUCGCGAACGAGAUCUGA